CUCGUAACGACUCUGUCGCCACAACGCGACGUGCAUUGACGGGAGCUGUACAGCAGCACAUCGCGCCAGAUUCGAACCGCUCGCAAUAACAUCCGAUUGCGACCGAGAGAUUACAUCGACCGGCGCCCGCCGCAACCGAAAAUACCGCCUCUCUCUCACGAGACGUCGGGCUUGUAGAACCCGACCCCUCUGGCUGCCAUGCGCCUCUAGCACGGAAGCCAAUUCAACAUGGCCUUCAACUUUAACUGGUCGCCUCUGACGGCCGACGCGGGCUUCUAUAAGCGCGCCCGCGAUCUCCUGACGACGGCCCUCAACAAGUCGCCGAAGCCGCCCAUCAUCGUCGAUGACAUUAUCGUUACCGAGUUCAACCUCGGCUCCGUGCCGCCGGACCUGGAGAUUCUCGAGAUUGGCGACCUGGCCGAGGAUCGAUUCAGAGGGAUAUUCAAGAUGUGUUACUCGGGCGACGCCUUCUUGACGCUCAAGACAAGAGUACAGGCAAACCCCCUCAACACGUGUCUUUCGGCCAAGCCGAGCUUCACAUCCCCACAGCCGCUCGCGGCGGCAUCGAGCCUCACAAUACCUCUACAGAUCACGCUGUCCGAGAUCAAGCUUUCGGCGUUCAUCAUCUUGGUCUUCUCCAAGCAGAAGGGGUUGACAAUAGUCUUCCGAAAUGACCCUCUCGAGUCCCUCAAGGUCUCGUCGACCUUUGACUCGAUUCAGUUCGUCCGGGAAUACCUCCAGAGGACGAUUGAGGGCAAGCUCCGGGACUUGAUGAUGGACGAGCUACCAUCUAUCAUCCACCGACUUUCGCUGCAGCUCUGGUGUCCCGAUCAGAUUGUGAAGGAGGACGAGGAGUCGAAGAAAGCCGACGAGCAUGGCGUGAAUCCGCUGGCCACGCCUCCCUUGGAUGCCGUGGACCUGCAUGGGCAUCUCCUGGAUCCUGCCGCGAUAUCAGAACUGUCUCUCGACGGGGGACCAGAAGCCCAACUUCUGUUUUCACAAAAAAAUCUCUUGCGGCUGGCGGACCUUACGAAUUCUCAGGUGACAUCGUCACUCGACACCUCGACCCCGAAGGAUGUCUUGUUCCGGGCUUGGGCUGGACCGGACAAGGUUGACGCAACGAGCACUCCUCCAUUAUCGACGCCGAACCUGGUUAGGACAUCGUCCUAUACGAGCCCUCAUACGUACACCUUUUCCGACAGCAGUAGCCAGGACCAUGGCUUCCUUCCAUCGAGGCCCUCACUGGUGCACCUCAACUCGGCCACUGCGGGCCUCUCGCUCGGCUCUGGCCGGCACAGCAAAGCCGGCCGGAAAAAGAAGACUCGUGUUGUUAACCUGCGUCGCAAGGCUGCAACCGAAGUCAGCAGCGAGCAGGGAGACACCGGGUCGGAAACUGCCUCCACUGGAGUUCCCAUGUCAGAGCCGUCCAUGCCUCAUCCCGUCCUCGAGGUUCCCGAGGAAGAGGCGUCAACAAACAAGGUACGCUUUGGCCGCUCGCCGGAGCAACAACCACGGAGACCCUCCUUUAGGGCCCAACCCGCGAGCGUUGCCGAUGCGCCUGUGCCCUCGGUUGAGAUUAACAGCGCUGUCCCUCCUCCUCAGCCCUCGGAGAAACGGGGGGCGAGCCCAACUUCCAAGGAUUCUGUUCCUGCUGAUACCAAGGCCGACUGGAAACAGUCGCGUCCCAUGUCGGACGCCUCGUCCGUCAUCUUGGAGCAAGCGUGGAUCAUGAAGAUGGCGGGUGAGAUCGCCCGCCGCGUGUACGAAGAGAAGAACGGAAACCCGACAUUUUGGGAUGACCAAGACGACACCCCGCCUCCAGCGUACGAGGCGAGGUAGUCAUUCAUUACUACGCUUAA